AUGUACAACUCAAGCUCGUAUUGCGUCACUGCCUCAAACUAUAUUUUGAGAAACAUCAGCGCCUCAGAGAUUAACAAAUGUCUGGAGAAGUGUCUACAAGACUGCUCAUGUUUAUCAUUUCAAAUUUGUGAUUCUACCUGCCAACUUCUUUCCACUACGAUAACAGACGAACUAAGUAACAAAGAUGAGAAACGACAAUGUCAGCAUUUCACAAUGAACAUAGCAAACCAACAUGAGUGUCGAUCAAACUACUAUCAACAAAGCUGCUUUGUUGUAAUAGAUUGCAAUCUUACUUCAACUUACUGCUAUAACGAUGGAAAAUGUCGUAAAUCAAAGUCACCCCUAAGUAAGACACGUGCUUCAUGUGAGUGUAAAGAGGGAUUUGUUGGUGAACGUUGUGAAAAGAAAGCAAAGUCUUGUCAAAGUUAUCGUGAUCUUUCUGAUGGCUGGUACAAAAUAUUUACAAAUGAUGACAACCAAGUAAAAGUUUACUGUCAGUUUGGACCAGUCAACAUUUGGACAUUGGUUAUGUCUUAUAGUUUAAAAUUCAACGAACACUACAAAAAUAAGGCAUAUUAUAACAACUCUCCUCGAAAUGAAAUGAAUGAAACAUGGGAAGAUCACAGACUUUCUUUUAAUGCAAUGAAAAGUAUAGAAGAAGAUGGAAACACACUAUGGCGCAUCACGUGUUCAUAUGGUGAAAAAGGCUGGAAUGAAACAGAUAUUGUUAUUGCAACCCAUGAAAAUGCACCAGUUUUUAAAAAAUUCGAUACACCUCCAGUUUGUUUAAAUGUCAGUUUUAUUAAUAUCAGAGGGCAUAAGUGUAAAGAUUGCGUAAUUCCUUUUUGGCAAAAUGACGAACAUAUUUUUCACACAGAUAAUACCCAUAGUUCAUCUCAAUGCAAUCUGAAGGAUUUUGAAUCAUCUGUAUGUAAUGGUCAAGCUAAAGGAGGAGAAGAUAAUUUUGGAUAUUAUAAUUGUUAUGACAAAAAACAUCGUUGUGCAUCAUCAGAUAAUGCCACAACACAAUUAUGGUUUGGUUAACGAAUGAAAUUCAAUUGAUAAGUACAAAUGAUGACUUUUUAGUUCAAGAAAUUACAAAAAAAAGAAACCGACCGUUGUUAACGUAUAAACUUUAAGCAAUUGCCGCUACUUAGUAGGAAGUCUUCAUUAUAAAUAAUUACUUAUUCAUAUUUUAUAGGAAGAAAGACGUUUAAUUAUUGCUUGUGUAAGUUUAAUUUAGACAUAUAUAUUUAUUCGUAAAUGGUAGGGAUGGAAAAAUUGCUGAACCUGCUAAUAAAAAUAUAAAGUUGAA